AGCAUCUUCAGUUCAGUCUCUUUAUGCUUCAAAAGACCCAAUCUCCACCUCCAACUUCUCUCUGACAGAGAGAAAAAUAAUGGACGAGGAGAGAAGGAUUCCCACUUCAAGCAUCACACUCUUCUUCUUCUUCUUCCUCUUCUUCGCUCUCCUCUCAUUUUCAGGUUCUAUUGAAGCUUACAAGAAUUACACAGUUGGUGACUCUUUGGGUUGGUAUGACAAACUUCAAAAUCCCAAAGUUGAUUACCAGAAAUGGGUUGCCAACAAGACCUUCAGUUUGGGAGAUUUCCUCAUUUUCAACACUGAUACUAAUCACUCCAUAGUCCAAACGUAUAAUUUGACAACAUACAAGCAAUGUGAUUUCGAAGAUGCCGAAAUAGAUGAUACCACAGAAUGGUCAUCUGCAGAACCAAAUGCAACUAAUCCCCAACCAGUCACAGUAGCUGUUCCUCUUGUUAAAGAAGGAAUGACAUACUUUUUUUCCAGCGAUUACGACGGCGAGCAAUGUCAGUAUGGUCAACAUUUCAAGAUUAAUGUGACCCAUGGCCAAGGAUUGCCACCAAGUCUCAUGACACCACCAUCAAUGGACUCACCGGGUCCGGCAAACCCUGAUAUGAACAAUCCAGAUUCAGCACCAGAUACAGUGGUUCCUUCAAAUUUUAAUACUCCCAAAGAUCAAGCAGCUGAUGGUGUUACGCAGGAAUCAGGAUCAGCUUCCUUAAAAAUGUUUCUGAGGCACGUCGGUUGGAGAUUGAAUGGGAUUUUGAUGCUUUUAGGGUUAGUUUGUGUCUAUGCAUGAUUUUUUAUUUCUUAUAUACUUUUUGGGAAAGAGAACGCUGCCUGCUGGCAGGUAUAGACUAUAGACUAGUGUGUGCGGCCAAUGGGAGUGUCAACGUAAGAAUCUUCAGCGAGGAGGCAACACUGUCUUUUUGCACCUGCUGUGUCUAGGCAUAGAUACAUGCAAGAGGGCAAGGUUCUUUUCUUAUAUUUUUUCUUUUAAAUUUUUUAUUAAUGCAGUUGAUUUAGUUUGUGUUCUAUGAUCUGGAGAUUUGAUAUGUUCUUGUAAAUGGUAAAUUGUAAGAGAAUAACCUUAAGAAUUGGCCAAUGCAUCCACGAUGUGGUCAAUUUGAUGAAUUUGAUUUUCUCCUCGGAA